AUGGACUUUGGAAACAAGCGCCCGACCGCUGAGCGGAAGAGCAAGGUUACUUACCAGUAUCAUCCGGAUAUCGGUCACUACCACUAUGGGGAGAAGCAUUACAUGAAGCCCGCACGCGUGAAGAUGGCGCAUAGUCUGGUGACGGGAUAUGGGUUGCAGAAGAAGAUGGAAGUCUCGACGCCAAGCGAGGCAACCUUCAAAGAGAUGGCAAAGUUUCACUCUGACGACUACCUGGAUUUCCUGCGCCGAGUAACCCCGGAAGACGCCGAAGAGAUCCAGAAAUCGCAAGCGAGGUUCAACGUCGGCGAAUACUGCCCAGAUUGCCCCAUCUUCGAGGGACUGUAUGAUUUCUGCUCUAUAUCAGCUGGAGGGUCGAUAGCUGCGGCGAAGAAGCUCAACCAGGGCCACGCGGACAUUGGGAUCAAUUGGGGAGGCGGGCUUCAUCACGCUAAGCGUGGGGAGGCGUCGGGUUUUUGUUAUGUGAAUGAUAUCGUUUUGGCUAUUUUGGAACUUCUGAAGUAUCAUCAGCGGGUACUCUACAUAGAUACAGACGUCCACCACGGCGACGGCGUGGAAGAGGCGUUCUAUACCAGCGAUCGGGUCAUGGCUGUUUCCUUCCACAAAUUCGGAGAGUUUUUUCCUGGGACUGGGGCUCUGAAUGAUGUGGGGAUUGGGAAGGGGAGGCAUUAUUCGAUUAAUGUGCCGUUGAAUGAUGGAAUUGACGACAAGUCAUAUGAGACACUUUUCCGCUCGGUCAUAUCACAUGUAAUGCAAUGGUACCGCCCAGGAGCGGUCGUACUCCAGCUCGGUGCCGAUUCCCUCGUCGGAGACAGAUUGGGGGCUUUCAACUUAUCCAUGCAGGGGCAUGCACAAUCCGUUGAAUUCAUGAAGACCUUCAACGUCCCGCUGAUACUACUCGGUGGUGGUGGAUACACUGUCAGGAACGUUGCGAGGGCGUGGUGUUAUGAGACUAGUUUGGCGGUUGGGACUGAGGUCUCGGAAGAUUUGCCAUAUCACGAGUAUUAUGAAUACUACACCCCAGAAUACCGGCUGGAUAUUCCCGCUAGUAAUAUGGAGAAUUUGAAUACGAGGGAGUAUUUGGAGAAGAUCAAGUAUGGCCCUGUUUUUCAUAUUGAGGUCGCUAUCGACAUCGCUGUUAUUGAGAAUUUGCGGCAUGUGGCCCAUGCUCCGAGUGUCCAGAUGCAUAGUAAGUUGUGGGGACUACGUCAAGGAUAG